AUGAUCACCGGUGGACAGAGCUACGUCGCGGCGCCGCCGGCCUUCUCCGCCGACGGCCGCCUCCUCCUCGUCUGCUCCGGCCGCUCCGUCUCCGUCUUCAGCACCUCCACCGGCAUGCUGGUGUCGGAGCUGGAGGGGCACGAGGCGGACGUCACGGCCGUCGUGGUGGUGCCGCCGCCAGCCAGCGUCGCCAAGCUCGCCACCUACUGCUGGACGGCGGGGCUCGACGGGGACCUCAUCUGCUGGGACUUCGCGGCGGCCGAGCUCGUGCGCAAGGUCCACGUCGGCCUCCCGGUCCACUCCAUGGUGAUUCCCAACAUAACCAGGACAGUGAAAUCAACAGAGGUGCACACCCCUCUCGCAUUCGUCUCCGUGGAAGACACGAGCAAGGCAGCCGAUAAGAAGAAAGCGUUGCGCGGGCAGGUCAGGAUCUAUGACUUGACCAAAGGGCGCCAAGUGGGCUGUCUACUGGCUGAGACGCGCAAGCCAGAGAAGAUUGUCGCGAGCGUUUCCGGGGAAUUUCUGGGCAUUGCGAACAAGAGGCAGCUCUACAUAUGGAGCGUACCCACGGAGGGUUUCAAGCCCGAGAAGAUCAGGAAAAUUAAGCUUUCUCACACGAAGAACCUGACCACGCUGGCCUUCCAUCCAACUGAGAGGAUUGUGGCUGGCGGUGACUCCACGGGGAGGAUCUUGAUUUGGAGAGCUUUUGGGAAGGCGAAGUUUUCUGGAACUGCUGGCGCGGCAGAUGAUGAUAGGGAUGGCGUGAGGGGUCAGGACGAUGCAGAUACUUGCACUACGUUGCAUUGGCAUUCUAGCGAAGUGAAGUUCCUCAAAUUUGCUUCGGAUGGGGCUUACUUGUUCUCAGGUGGUAUGGAGGGGGUUAUUGUUGUAUGGCACCUUGAUAGUGGGAAGAGAAGGUACAAGCCACGUCUAGGAUCUCCUCUUAUGUUCUUUGUAGAUUCUCCAGACUCUUCCAUUUCCUGUGUGUCAUGUACAAGUAACCAAGUUCAUCUUCUGAAAAUGCCGAAUAUGGAGGUCCUGAAGACCAUUUCUGGAAUUAAGCUUCCUAUUGCUUCGCCAGACCUACGUAGACGAGAUGUGUGUGAAUUUGAUUGCACUAAUGGCCUUGUUGCUAUACCAACGGAAGAUUACUGCAUACAGUUCUACAGUUUGUUUGAAAACACUGAGGUUUCAGAGGUGCAAGUUUGUGAGAGGAACUUUCAGCCUGUUGAUGAUAUUACGAUGUCCAUUUCCUUAGUUUCAUUGUCCAUUGGUGGUGAGUUUAUGUGCACUGUGGAUGUCAAGCUUCCUGAAGAAGAAUUAGGUGGCCUUAUUACACUAAAAUUUUGGAACCAUGGGUCUCGUGCCGGACAGUUUCAUUUGUCCACUGUCAUUUAUGAGCCUCACAGUGAUGCUGGGAUCUCUGCUAUUGCUUUCCGCCCAGGAAAAAACAUGGCUGUGAGCUCCUCUUUUGGCGGCAACUUCAAGGUAUGGGUCCAAAGUUCGUCUUUACAAUCAAGAGAGGGAAAAAGUCAAUCUGGUUGGAGGUGCCAAUCAGUUGGCUCAUACAAGAAGAAACCUAUGACAGCUGCAGCCUUCUCAGGCGAUGGAUCUGUUCUUGCUGUUGCAGCUGAGAGCGUCAUUACAUUGUGGGACCCUGAUAAUAAUGCACUUGUUGGUGUGAUUGCAGAAGCACUAUCGCCCAUUACCAAACUUUCUUUCAUUGGCACGUCGACAUAUUUGAUGUCGCUAUCUCAGAGUUCAAUACCACAGGUUGCAGUGUGGAAUGCGUCAAAUCUUUCCAUGCAGUGGUCUUACACCCUUUCUGCAGAAGCUGCAUGUUGUUCGUCCAAUAAGAGUGAAUUUGCGGUUCUUUCUCUUCUAAGCUGCCAUGAAGGAGGAACACCAGCAGAGCAAGAUGGUGUAAUACUGUUAUUUGAUGCAGAAAAUUCGAGCCCGGUGUCGUCCUUUUCUGUAAAGAAGGCUAAAGGCGGUAGCAUUGCUUUUGUGAAGGAUGAUUCCUCGAUGGAUGCAGACACCAAUGCCACUAGAGGUGAAGAAGCUUCAUUGCUGGUUUAUGUGAAUGGUUCACACGAGUAUGUUAUCUUUGAUCCCCGGAACAAUGAGGUGUCACAAAUUAGCAAGCACACACAGAAAAAUAUCCAAGCCGAUGAACCUGCACGAAUCGGUUAUGCUUCUAUCUACGGAGAGCUUCCAAAACUGGAGCUGAAGAAAGAGGUUUCGGAUAUUCCAUUUAUCCCGUCAGAGAGACCUUGGGAAACUAUAUUCACCGGAUCAUCUCAUGUUCUUCCGCCUCUCACGAAACUAUGUUCUGCUUUCUUGGCAUCAUUGCUGGAGAAGAGACCUGUCUCAAACGAGUGAGAAGAACUGAAGCUUUGUCCAAUGGUAUAAUGGUAUACUUGCUGGUUGCAAAUGUCAAUGCACAAAAGAAACUGAACAUGAAGAAAACAUGCUCCUGGUGGAGGUUGGCAUUGACAGAUGUUCUGAAACUGGCUCUGACCCU